UAGAUCCAAGCAGAAACCAAGUAAUUCAAAAUUGAAGAUCACACAGACGACAGGGAGGAAGAAAAAUACAAGGGGAGUUGAAAGCGAAUUGUUCUUGUCGGGGUUCCCCCCCUCUUAAUUUGCUUUCUACUCAAAUCGAAGUAAAGCUAACAUAGUUUAGGGGACGCCAACUCCCGUAGGCCAUGGCCCCUGCGAUGAAGAUUGUUUUCGGAUUAUUAACGUUUGUAACUGUUGGAAUGAUAAUCGGGGCUUUGUUUCAGCUAGCAUUCAUACGCGGAUUAGAAGAUUCUUACGGUGAUGAAUUUCCAUCUACAAAAUUGCAUAGAAGUCAGAGUGAUGGAUAUCUUAAGUUGCCAAGAGGUAUGAAUCAUUGGCACGGUGACAAAGAAGCAGAAAUUUUGCGUCUUGGAUUUGUCAAACCUGAAAUAAUUAGCUGGGCACCUCGGAUUAUUGUACUCCAUAGUUUCCUCAGCAACGAGGAAUGUGACUACCUUAGAGCCAUUGCCCGCCCUCGACUUCAAGUUUCCACUGUGGUAGAUGCAACAACCGGGAAGGGAAUUAAGAGUAAUGUCAGGACGAGCUCUGGUAUGUUCCUUAGUCCAACAGAGAGAAAGUAUCCAAUGGUACAGGCAAUUGAAAAGCGGAUUUCUAUCUUUUCUCAAAUACCAGCUGAAAAUGGGGAGCUUAUCCAAGUUUUAAGGUAUGAAAAGGAUCAGUUUUACAAGCCCCACCAUGAUUACUUUUCUGAUACUUUUAACUUGAAGCGCGGUGGUCAAAGAAUAGCAACUAUGCUGAUGUAUCUAAGUGAUGGUGUUGAAGGGGGAGAAACAUAUUUCCCUAUGGCUGGUACGGGUGAUUGUAACUGUGGCGGGAAGACUGUGAAGGGGAUGUCUGUAAAACCAAUCAAAGGAGAUGCAGUGCUUUUCUGGAGCAUGGGGCUAGACGGACAGUCGGAUCCAAAUAGCAUACACGGCGGAUGUGAAGUUUUAUCUGGAGAGAAAUGGUCUGCAACAAAAUGGAUGAGGCAAAAGCCUUUUUUCUGAUGUUACAUAUAUAUAGGGAUAGGGGGAAUGAUACUAUUUCACUAGCUCUAGAAAUUCACAUAAAAUGCUUUAGGGAAUGAGUAAUAAUUUCCUAGAUACCAGAAACUGAGUUCAGCCGGCCCUUGGACGAUCGGAAUGCCGUAUAAAGAAUAGGUUACAGAUUGAGAAAUGAACAAUUUGGUAGAGUUGCAUCACUCAUUUUUUGGACACGUUUUGGGAUUGUACUAAACAUUGCCUGCCUUUGCACAGAUGUUAUGGGGCAUUUGUAAUUGUAG